AUGUCCGAAACCAAGAAGCUCAAGAUGACCCCCUUAAUUUGUACCCACUCAGGCUCCUUCCACGCCGACGAAUCCUUGGCCGUGUACUUGAUCAGACUCCUCCCAAAAUACGCCAAAAGUGAAUUGGUCAGAUCCAGAAACCCAGCUGACUGGGAGCGCAGUGACAUUGUGAUUGACGUCGGUGGAAAGUAUGAUGGAGUCAAGUUUUUUGACCACCACCAGCGUGAGUUUAACUCCACCUUCGACUUGGACCACGACACCAAGUUGUCUUCAGCAGGUUUGAUUUACAAGCACUUCGGUAAGGAAAUCAUACAGCACGUGUUGGAUUUGAAGCCAGAAGACCCCAACGUGGAAUUGUUGUACCUCAAGAUCUACAACGACUUUGUCGAGUCCUUGGAUGCCAACGACAACGGUAUCAGCAACUACUCCAGAGAAGUCGAGGCCAACAAGAAGUUCAAGGACAGAAACAUCACCUUGCCAGCUAUCGUUUCCAGAUUGAACCCAAGCUGGAACAAGAACCCCACUGACGCUGACUUCGAUGCUCAGUUUGAGAAGAGUAGUGAGUUGAUGGGAUCCGUAUUCAUGGACCUCUUGGAGGGCUAUGGCAAGUCCUGGUUGCCAGCCAGAACCAUUGUCGAGCAGUCGUUUGCAAGCAGAUUUGACGUCGACAAGUCUGGGGAGAUUCUCGUCUUGAGUGAGUUCUGCCCAUGGAAAGAACACUUGUACUCCAUUGAAAAGGAGAACAAUGCCGAAGGUGUCACCAAGUUCGUUUUGUUCAAGGACUCGAGCUCCAAGUGGAGAGUUUCCACCGUUUCCGUGAACUCAACUUCAUUCGAGUUCAGAAAGGGUUUGCCUGAGCACUUAAGAGGCUUGAGAGAUCAGGAAUUGAGCGACAAGAGCGGUGUUCCUGGUUGUAUUUUCAUCCACGCUGCUGGUUUCAUUGGAGGUGCUGAAUCUGAGGAGUCUGUUCUCCAGUUGGCCCGUAUCUUCCAGUUCCAGUGGAAAAUAAAGUCUUCUAAAUUAGCACCCGGAGAAUCUAACGAUGACACUUACAUUGAUCAGAGCCAUGAAGUUCAAGGCAGUCAAGAACCGCCUGCCAGUAGCCUGAGCAAGCUGGGACUCUCGUCUAAAGACAGAGACCUCUUUGAAAAACCGCCUGUCUCUGGCCUGAGCAAGGCGAGAAUCUCUGAAGCUCAGGGCCCUCUGUCUUAUGAACCAGGUCUGACUGAGCCGUGGAGACUCUCUCCCGAUGCUGUUGCUGCUACCCUCGCCACCUCAGUGGAGUCAGGGUUGCUGGACUCUCAGGUCCAGGGCCGCCAAUCCACCCAUGGCCUCAACAACCUCGGCGCUGAGGAAACGAUUUCCGUGACCAAGAUCUUGGCCCACCAGAUCUUCAACGCCAUGGUGUUGGUGUUGAUCAUCUCCAUGGUGAUCGCGUUGGCCAUCAAGGACUGGAUCUCGGGAGGAGUGAUUGGGUUUGUUGUGUUUAUAAACAUUGCUGUGGGAUUUGUCCAGGAAUACAGAGCUGAGAAGACGAUGGGAUCUCUCAGGUCGCUCAGCUCUCCCUCUGCUAGAGUGUUGAGAAACGGUAGUGAAACCUCCAUCAACGCAGAAGAGGUUGUUCCUGGAGACAUUGUGUUUAUCAGAGUGGGUGACACCAUCCCUGCGGACUUGCGACUCGUGGACUCUAUGAACUUGGAGACAGACGAGGCGUUGUUGACGGGUGAGUCGCUUCCCGUGGUCAAAAACCACCUUGAUAUCUACAAAGACGAGGCGCCUGUGCCUGUUGGCGAUCGUUUGAAUAUGGUCUACAGCUCGUCCAUCGUCUCCAAGGGAAGAGGGUGUGGAAUCGUGGUUGCCACUGGCUUGAACACGGAAAUUGGUAAGAUUGCCGACUCGUUGAAGUCCAGCGAUGACGCCCUCAUUGUCAGGGUUGACAAGUCCCAGAAUCCUGUUUUCAAAGACUACUUCUUUGCUGCGUGCAAAUCCACCUGGAAUAUCAUCAUGAACGUUUUAGGCACCAAUGUUGGUACUCCUUUACAGAGAAGAUUGGCCUGGUUGGCCAUUAUUCUCUUCUGGGUGGCCGUGUUGUUUGCAAUCGUGGUCAUGGGGUCUCAGGAAAUGCAUGUUACCAAAAAUGUGGCUAUUUACGCUAUCUGCGUGGCCCUUUCGAUGAUUCCAUCGUCAUUGGUGGUAGUUUUAACCAUUACCAUGGCCAUCGGUGCCCAGGCCAUGGUCCAAAAACAUGUGAUUGUUAGAAAAUUAGACUCCUUGGAAGCUUUGGGUGGAAUUAAUGAUAUCUGUUCAGAUAAAACAGGUACCCUUACCAUGGGUAAGAUGAUUGCCAAAAAAGUCUGGAUUCCUAGCGUGGGUACCUACGUUGUGGCUGAUUGCAAUGAUCCUGUUAAUCCGACUGUUGGUUACAUGACCUUCAGCGAUUUGUCGCCUCAGCAAAUCAGAAUAUCCGAUGAAGAGAUCGAUUACAUGCCCAAAUUGCCAGAUCCUAGGCCUAGUGAAUUCAAGCGCUGGUUAAAUACUGCAACUUUAGCAAAUAUUGCAAGCGUUAAAGAGGCUGAUGGGAAUUGGGAAGCCCAUGGAGAUGCCACUGAGAUCGCAAUCAAUGUUUUCACUUCCAGGUUGGGUUAUCAAAGAGAAAAAUUCGUUGAGAAAGAAUCCUUAGAGCAUCUCAAUGAAUUCCCUUUUGAUUCUUCCAUCAAGCGUAUGUCUGCAAUUUACAAGGAUAGCAAUCAGACCUUGGUCCAUACCAAAGGUGCUGUGGAAAGACUUUUAACCAUUUGCAAUACUUGGUAUAUUGGUGGAAAAUUGGUCGAACUUAGUCAAGAGGACAAGCAAUCCAUUGAGGAGAAUAUGAUAGCAUUAUCUGCCGAGGGUUUGCGUGUCUUAGCAUUUGCUCAACGUGAGAUCAACGUGUCUAAGGAGGACCAUACUAAUCGUGAAGUAGUUGAGUCAAACUUGACAUUCUUAGGGCUAAUUGGAAUCUAUGAUCCUCCUAGACCUGAGUCUGCCAGGUCCGUUAAGUUGUGCCACAAGGCCGGAAUUAACGUCCAUAUGUUGACUGGAGAUCACCCAGGAACUGCUCGUGCAAUUGCCCAAGAAAUUGGGAUUUUGCCUGCCAAUUUAUAUCACUACAGUGACGAAGUGGUCCGGGUUAUGGUAAUGACCGCAAAUGAAUUUGAUGCAUUGAGUGAUGAGCAAAUUGACCGCCUACCUGUAUUACCGUUAGUCAUCGCAAGAUGUGCUCCGCAAACGAAGGUCCGUAUGAUUGACGCUUUGCAUCGUCGUGGAAAGUUUGUGGCAAUGACUGGAGACGGUGUCAAUGAUUCGCCUUCUUUGAAAAAAGCGGAUGUGGGUAUUGCUAUGGGUCUUAACGGUUCAGAUGUUGCUAAAGAUGCUUCGGAUAUUAUUUUGACAGAUGACAAUUUUUCAUCCAUUUUAAAUGCAAUUGAAGAGGGUAGAAGAAUGUCUUCCAACAUUCAAAAAUUCGUUUUGCAAUUAUUGGCCGAAAACGUUGCGCAGGCAUUAUACUUGAUGGUGGGUUUGGCUUUUAUUGACGAAGAUGGCUUCUCAGUAUUUCCUUUGGCUCCCGUGGAAGUGUUGUGGAUUAUUGUUGUCACAUCUUGUUUCCCAGCUAUGGGUUUGGGACAGGAAAAAGCGAAUGAUGAUAUCUUGGAUCAGCCUCCAAAUGCUACCAUUUUCACCUGGGAGGUGAUCGUGGAUAUGACUGCUUAUGGGUUCUGGAUGGCCUGCUGUUGCCUUACAUGCUUUGUGUGUAUUGUGUUCGCAGUUGGUGAUGGGGAGCUCGGAAGCGAUUGCAACGCUUCCUCAAGUAGUGAGUGCAACCUUGUUUUCAGAGGUAGGGCUGGAGCUUUCGCAGCCUUCACCUGGUGUGCCUUGCUUCUAGCCUGGGAGUGUAUCCACAUGAGAUCGUCGUUUUUCAACAUGAGACCUGAGUCGAUCGUACCCUGGUGGAAGCAGUUGGCAUCCGACUUGUGGGAAAACCAAUUUUUGUUCUGGUCUAUUUUAGGGGGAUUUCUCACCGUGUUCCCGGUCAUUUACAUCCCCGUCAUCAAUGACAAGGUGUUUUUGCAUGCGCCUAUCGGGUAUGAAUGGGGCUUGGCAGUUGCUUUCAGCGUUUUGUUCCUUAUUGGAGCUGAAGCGUGGAAAUGGAUCAAGCGAGUCUAUUACCGUAGACAGGCACUCCGCAACCCUGCGCACUUGGAGAUGGAGAACGAUCCAUUCCUGGAGUACUCGACGAUCUCUAAGAACAACACCGCGGUGUUUGUUUAG